GAUACCAUCGACUGACUUCAAUAUUAAACAACGAUGAUGACUGGCCUGAAAAUGGAAAAACUCUUGCUACUAGUAGCUUCACUCCUUGGACUGGCCGCUGCAGUGGAUUACUGCGCCCUGCCCACCUGUCUGGACAAGCACGUUGGCUGCAACAAUAAAGGCGAAUUUAGUCCAGAGUGCCCUAAGGAUGUGCGUGAAGUUAAGAUUGAUCCCCAUCACAAACUGAUCCUGACCCUGUUCAACGAGCUCCGCAAUAAUGUGGCCGGAGGCAGCAUUGAAGGUUUACCCAAAGCCGUACGCAUGGCCAAGAUGACUUGGUGCGAAGAGCUCGCCCAUUUGGCACUCUACAAUGUGAAGACCUGCCUCUCCCUGCCUGACAAAUGCCGCAGCACUGAACGAUUCGCCUAUGCGGGCCAGAACAAUGCCAUCUUCAGCUACAGUGGCGCUGAAUCCGAAUACACCGAUGCUGAAAUAAUAAAGGAACAAAUUGAAAACUGGUUUGCCGAGCGCUCCAACGCCUCUCCCGAGAUCUUGUCCAACUUCCCCGAGGAGCUGCCCAACAAGAACGUGGCCAAGUUCACCAUUUCGGUGGCCGAGAAGAACACCCAUGUGGGCUGCGCUGCCGUUCGAUUCUCUCGCGACUUCUACAAUCACUUCGUACUGACCUGCAACUUCGCCACAACCAACAUCAUUGGUCAGCCCGUCUACACUCCUGGCGAGAAGGCUACCAGUGGCUGCAAGAACCGCUAUGGCGCCGCCUUCGACUACCCCAACCUGUGCUACGCCAAGGAGAUCUACGACAACGAGAAGGUCAUCGCCGACAUCAAGGUCUACUAACUCCCUAUUGCCCCUUAAUUUCGUAUACGGAAAAAAUUGCGGAACCCUCUUGAUAUUUUAAAACAUCCGAUUUUUGGUUGAUACUGUCCAUAAACUCAUUGCCUGAUUUUGUUUUCAGUUAUUUAAUAAACUUCCCAGAACACAA